ACUAGUUGAGCACCGUACUAAGACUGAAAGGAGCAGGAAGCCACGUUGACUUAGAUUUAGUCUUCCAUGGAGAGGGUACUCUUUGUGGCCCCAGGGACGUAACGGACCCAACGCCUUCUUCCUAUUUGCAUCACCCCUGUCUCAUCCCAAGAAAGGUUUUAGGGACCCGAUCAUUUGACAAGAUGAGUGUUGGAUUCAUUGGAGCGGGCCAGUUGGCACAUGCACUGGUUAAAGGCUUCACAGCUGCAGGUGUGAUUGCUGCAAACAGGAUUACAGCAAGCUCACCAGACACUGACCUUCCAACAGUGUCUGGACUAAGGAAAAUGGGUGUAAAUUUGACAACAAGCAACAAAGAAACCGUUAACAAGAGCGAUGUGCUCUUCUUGGCUGUGAAACCGCACAUUAUUCCCUUUGUUCUGGAUGAGAUUGGGCCGGAUAUUGAGGACCGUCAUCUCAUUGUUUCGUGUGCUGCAGGUGUAACCAUCGGCUCCAUUGAGAAGAAGUUGGGUCAGCACAGAAAUGCCCCUAAAGUCAUGAGGUGUAUGACAAAUACUCCGGUGGUGGUGAAAGAAGGAGCAACAGUGUAUGCCACUGGGACACAUGCAGAGGUGGAGGAUGGCAAGUUACUGGAGCAACUGAUGGCCAGUGUAGGAUUCUGCACUGAAGUAGAGGAGGACCUCAUUGAUGCCGUCACUGGGCUGAGUGGCAGUGGGCCAGCCUAUGCGUUCACAGCCUUGGAUGCUCUUGCGGAUGGUGGAGUGAAGAUGGGUCUGCCCAGGAGAUUGGCUGUUAGACUUGGAGCCCAGGCUUUACUUGGAGCCGCCAAAAUGUUGCUGGAGUCAGAGCAACACCCAGGCCAGCUGAAGGACAAUGUGUGCUCCCCAGGCGGUGCUACCAUUCAUGCCCUGCAUGUCCUAGAGAGCGGUGGCUUCCGAAGUCUCCUGAUCAAUGCAGUGGAGGCUUCUUGCAUCAGGACAAGAGAGCUGCAGUUCCUUGCGGAUCAAGAGCGAAUUUCUCCAGCGGCUAUAAAGAAAACAACGCUGGACAAGGUUCUCCAACAGCCCGGAGUCACAGUGAACGGAGGGGCCAACGGCAAAUCGGGACUUAGCCUGUUUAACAGCCGCAGCACUGGGAUCAAGAAGAAAAAUUGAGCGCGCAGAAGGACAGGCAGACUCAAAUGUUGCACUUCAGUGUUUGGUGUGUUUGCUGUUGGAAACAGAACCGUUGACCUUUUAACAUUUUAACAGUCAGCAUUAAAAGUCGACCUCAGAUAUACUCCGGACGUUCAACCAAACUGUUUUUCUAAUUAAAUUAUUUUGGAUCGAGCAACUGUGAGAACAAAUGACCUGAUCCUGGCUACAUCAGUAAAGAUGCAUGGUUGCGUUCACUGUGCAUUUUUAUUUUCAUCAAAAUGAAGAAAAAACAUGCAUCAUGUUACUUUUUAAAGAUGUACAAAUUUGCUUUCAGCAAAUGUGCAUUCCAGCUUUUCCGCCUUAGAAUGUCCCUAGUUAAACAAGGUCAUCGUCCUGGUACACAAAAGACGACAGAUAUGUACACUCAGUCAGCUAGGGCAGUUUAUCCAAGGCAAUUAAAUAGAAGGCAAUUGAGAAACUACGACAGCACAGUUGCCUUUAUUUUAACCGCUUAGGAAUAGACAACAGAUGGAGAACUACAACGCAUUGAGUUGCUUCUGUUUAUUCUAAUUGCUUUCUGGAAAUAUGACAUGAACAUGUUAAUAGUUACAUUUGUAAGACAGCAGCAGAAAGUUGGUUCUGACUGAAAAUAAAUUGGUGAAUACUUU